UGAACAAUGGAGAACUAUAAGGUCCUAGGAGAGGUGGGUGACGGCACCUACGGUAAUGUCUUCAAGGCAUUGCACAAACCCACCCAGCUCAUCGUGGCCAUCAAACAGUUUAAAGAUUCUGAGGAGGAGGACCCCCAUGUUAAGAAAACAGCUUAUAGAGAAAUAAAUGCCCUCGAUUCCCUCAGGCAUAAUAAUAUCGUCAAUCUUUUCGAAGUGUUCAAGCAUAAAGGCAGGAUUUAUCUCAUCUUCGAAUACGGCGAGAGGACGCUCCUGCAAGACCUUGACAUCACGCCUGAGGGGCUUCCUCCGGACCGCAUCCGCAAAUUCAUGUAUCAGAUGCUGAAAGGAGUUCAACACAUGCAUGAUAACAAUUUUAUUCAUCGAGAUAUUAAACCUGAAAACCUACUCAUCUCCAAAAAUGGGUUCUUAAAAAUAUGAGACUUUGGGUUUGCAAGAGAGCUCUGAGGCUACGAUGGAGCAAUCCUCACGGAUUAUGUCUCCACAAGGUGGUAUAGAUCCCCAGAACUCCUAGUAGGCGAUGCCGCCUACUCUAAAGCUGUAGACAUAUGGUCCAUUGGAUGCAUUUUUGCUGAAAUUUACAACGGGAUGCCUCUCUUCCCGGGAGAAUCAGACAUUGACACCCUGUACCACAUCCUCAAAGCUUGAGGGAAUGUGCUCACUAAAAAUCAGAAGAAGAAGUUCAGAAAGAACCCACUCUUCACUGGUGUUAAUCUCCCCAAAGCUGAUAUGGUGAAGCCAUUCGAGCAAUUAGUCCCAGAAAUGGGGCCAGUCGAGAUAGACCUCCUUCGAAAGCUACUAGCCAUCGAUCCAGUACACAGAGAAGAUGCCCAAGACUUCCUAGAUCAUGAAUAUUUCGACUCCAUUAGAAACAUUAUAGAAAUUGAAAUGCAAGAGAUCUCAGAGCUAGAUCAGGAGGAAUUCACCAAAUUCAAGGAAAACUUGACCACCAAUGAGCAAAGAAACAAAAUCUUACUAGAAGCGAGGGAUUUCAGAGAACAAGAGCAGAUUAAUAUCAGUUUUAACAAGGAGAAGUUCCUUAAUAACCCACCCAAAGAUGACAGCUCUUCAGACGAAAGCGAAGAGACUUCUUCCCAACUCCUUGACAACAUCGACUUGCUAGAAGAGGAAGAGUCUCUUCAACCAGAGGAUGAAGAGCUAUUUGAAACACCUUCUCAUGACCCAAAAGUUCCAAUAGAGGUUGAAGACGACUUAAGUGAGUCCUCCAACACCAAAAAUGGGGACGCUUCGUCCCAAAUCUCCAAAGAAAAAGCUGAUAUCUCAGAGGUAACUUCUCAAGGUAGCCCUGCCAGAGGCACUGAGAAUGUAAAUCCUUUAAACCUUCUAAAAACAGAAAUGAAAUCCCAAUUGCCGAAAGAGAAAGAUUCUCUCAAGAAGAUAACUUUCUCAGAAGAUGACCCCAAGAGAGGUAGGAGUAAUAACAUCCCCAACGGAGGAGCCCUGCUCAGGAACCGGAACAAUAAGUUCGCCUCUGAAGACCCAUAUUCUGACCAGAAGGUUAAGACCACAUACCUAUGGAAUGGAGAGACCCUCACCAAUAUGAAAGACACCAAUGCCUACAGUAAUAGUAUCAAAAAGGAGGUGUACUUCUUCAAGAACAAAAGUAAUGGUAUUAAAGCUAAUCCCAAAUAACCCUCGCCAGUUACAACUUGUUGGGAACUCCAUUGGAAGAGGAAGCCAAAGCAAGUCCAUCCUGCCCCGAGUGACCAAGACCUCUGAUGAAGUUGAAGCAAUUGAGAAGUCCCUGUUCUCAACUUCCUUCAGAAAUAAAAGUAAAAAGAUCAUUUAAACAAAUACCAAAAGGUCUAAUGGAACAGCUUUCCACGACUGUUGCUACUACAGGCCAUAACACAGGUUUAGGGUGGAACGAGUCCAUCAGAGGAUCCUCCAGAAUGGUCGCCAAAACGAGCAAUAUCAAGCUAGCUGAUAACUCAGGUUAUAAAUAUGAGAAUAAGUUCUUUCCCAGGAGGAACAUCAGCUCUAAACUCAAGUACGUCCAUGGGUUCUCCCGUCAGGGAAAGAGAAAGCCUGUUGAGAAAUAUCUCCCAAAGGGAUAUCUUCUCACUAAGGAGAAUAAUGGGAAGAGCAAUCUGUCCAGUUUCCCAGAGAAAAUAACUGGGUCUGUUCCACCAAGAACCUCGAGCAAAUUAACUGCGAAGUCAUACCUGAAGGGAACACCAGGUUUGAAGAAGUCUUACUUCUCUCCUGGCUGGAAGCAGAAGCCUCACCAGUACCAAGGACACCCUCCCAUCUACAAGAGAGUUGGCAAGGACAGGAUUAGGAAUGAGCCUUAUAACCCAAAAAUGAAGAGCCCUAGCAAGGAGAAUUUGAGACUAAGCAAGCCCCCUUGAAGACCAUCAGACAUCACCGAAAAUGUGAUUGUCUCUAAAUCAUAUCUUCUCCACCAUCGAUAAUUUUUCAUUUUGGUUCAACUGUUGAA